AUGGAGAGCUACACACGAGACUCUACCAACAAACCUCAAGAAGAGCAAAAUAAAGGAAGACCCUUCAUGCCCAUUUGUAGACUGGAGCCAGAAUCUGUUAUGCAUGCAUUAUGGGCGUGUUUUGUAGUGAAGGAUGUAUGGUUUGUCUAUUCUAGGAGACUUCAGAAAAUGAAGGUUGGGUUCAAGUCUUUCAAAGAGGUUGUGGAACAUGUAAUAGCAACUCUCAGUGAGGAGGAUGUUGAACUAUUUGCCUGUAUAGCUUAUCAUGUGUGGAGGAGAAGAAAUAUUUUUUUGUUUGAAGGAAAAUUUGAGAAUCCAUCAAGGUUGGCUCAAGCUGCUCUACAAUUGACUAAGGAUUUUAAAGAAGCCAAUGACAGUAAACAAACUGGAGUGGAUCCUGGUAGGCCUAUUGGAACAAAUUCCUGGAGUCCUCCUCCUAUGAAUGUUUAUAAGGCCAAUCGGGAUGCCUUGGUUGACCGAGUACACAACAGAAUGGGGGUAGGGGUGGUUAUUAGAAACUGGGAAGGACUUGUAACAGCAACUCUGAGAUCAUCAAGGAGUCUGUUUCCUGAUGUUAAACUUGCAGAGGCAAUGGCUGCACUCAGAGCAGUCCUUUUUUGUAAACAGUUAGGCAUUUCAAGACUACUAUUAGAAGUGGAUGCUCUCAAUGUGGUCAACGACAUCAACAAAGAGACAAUGGAUUGGAGCUCAGCAAGGCUGAUUAUUCAAGACAUUAAGGCUGAAUUUCAGAGUUUGGAGUACGGGUCAACUCAGUUCAUCUCUAGGAACUCUAACUGUAUUGCUCAUUGUUUAGCUAAGGAUGCACUAAAACUCUCUCAAGAGAGCUUAACUAUGGAGGGAGUCCCUCCUUGUAUCCAACAUUUGCUAAAUUAA